AUGAAAUUUCCACCGAUCCUUCAACCUCCACCCGUAGUAAAGGUUGAAGUAGAAAAUUCUUUAGAAAUGGUGGUGGUUAAUGGUGAAAAAAUACCCCCAGUGGUAGUUGACGAACAUGGUGAAAAAACACCCGCAAUGGUGGUUGACAAACUUGGUGAAAAAACACCCGCAAUGGUGGUUGACGAACUUGUGUCUGAAGCUGCGCGGUUCAAUAAUUUGGAUCAACUAAUUCGAAUGCCCGGCGGUAAAGAUGUUGAAUCAGAGCAGGAACAAGACAGCAAAACAUGGGCAGUUCUAGUUGCCGGUUCGAAGGGAUUCGAAAACUAUCGCCACCAGGCAGAUGUUUGUCAUGCGUAUCAAAUUCUUAAGAGAGGGGGUUUGGAAGAUGAGAACAUAGUGGUUUUCAUGUAUGAUGAUAUUGCUGGCAACGAGCUGAAUCCUAGGCCUGGUGUUAUAAUCAAUCAUCCUCAAGGUGAAGAUCUCUAUGCAGGUGUGCCUAAGGAUUAUACUGGUGAAGAAGUUACUGCUGAGAACUUGUAUGGUGUUCUUAUGGGAAAUAAGAAUUCUGUUAAAGGUGGAAGUGGGAAAGUUAUAGAUAGUAAAGCUAAUGAUAGGAUUUUCAUAUACUAUUCUGACCAUGGAGGACCAGGAGUACUUGGUAUGCCAAACUUGCCUUUUCUUUACAGUAAUGACUUGAUUGAAGUCUUAAAGAAGAAACAUGCUGCCAAUAGCUACAAAACAAUGGUAAUAUAUGUUGAAGCAUGCGAAAGUGGGAGUGUUUUCGAGGGUAUAAUGCCUACAGAUUUGAAUAUCUACGUCACAACUGCUUCGAAUGCUGAAGAGAGUAGUUGGGGAACAUACUGUCCAGGAAUGGACCUUCCUCCAUCUCCCGAGCUCAUAACUUGUUUAGGAGAUUUGUAUAGUGUGGCUUGGAUGGAGGAUAGUGAGACGCACAAUCUGAAGAAAGAAACAAUAGAGCAACAAUACGAAUCGGUAAGAAAAAGGACUUUGAAUUACAACAUCGGUUCACACGUGAUGGAAUAUGGUAACACAAGCUUUAAACCUGAAAAGCUUUACCACUAUCAAGGUUUUGAUCCAGCAACUGUAAAUUUGCCUCCAAACAAACUCCCACCUUUCGAUUUUCGCAAUAGUGUCGUGAAUCAGAGAGAUGCCGAACUUCUUUUCCUAUGGCAACAGUAUAAGACAUCUAUUGAUGAUGGUUUGGAAAAGAGAAGUCUAAUUUUGAAGCAAAUUACCGAUAUAAUGAUGCAUCGGGUUCAUUUAGAUGGAAGUAUUGAGACAAUCGGAGUCCUUUUAUUUGGACCCAUGAAGGGACCCGAUGCACUCGGUUCUCUCCGAGGACCAAAUCUCCCAAUAGUGAAUGAUUGGUCGUGCCUCAAAUCAAUGGUUCGGGUUUUUGAGAUGCAUUGUGGUUCAUUGACUCAGUAUGGCAUGAAACACAUGAGAGCAUUUGCUAACAUUUGCAACAAUGGAGUUUCUAAGGCUGCUAUGGAAAAAGUUUGUAUAGGAGCUUGUAGCAUGAAGAAUUCUGCUAAGUGGCAUCCAUCGACCUUAGGAGGAUUUAGUGCCUAG